AGCUCAACCGGCGACAGUUUCGAUUGCUUCGCUGAACGGAGGAGAACUAGAACGAGAGCGAACAGCAUGGAGUCGCAGUCGCAGCAACAGGAUUCGCCGGUUUAUGCCAACUACGAGGACAUGCGCAACUCUGGUCCCACCAGCUCGACGGCCUACAUGAUCAACAUGGGUCCGGGAGCAGUGGCAACCGAGCAGCCGCAACAGCGCAAGCGAUCUGGACUCAAUCAGCAGUAUCGUGGCUUUAAGACAUCUGAAAACGAACCCCGCGGCUGCAUGGAAUGGCUGGUGACCAUCCUCUCCGUGCUGGUCUUCAUCAUCACCUCGCCCAUCUCCAUUUUCAUCUGCUUCAAGGUGGUGGCGGAGUACGAGCGGGCGAUCAUCUUCCGAUUGGGCAGGUUAAGUGGUGGAGCCCGUGGCCCUGGCAUGUUCUUCAUCCUGCCCUGCAUCGACGAAUACCGCAAGGUGGAUUUACGCACAGUCACCUUUAAUGUGCCGCAACAGGAGAUGUUGACCAAGGAUUCGGUGACGGUGACUGUAGAUGCGGUGGUCUACUAUCGCAUCAGUGAUCCCCUCUAUGCGGUGAUCCAAGUGGAGGACUAUAGCCUAUCCACCCGCCUGCUGGCGGCCACCACGCUAAGGAAUAUUGUGGGCACACGGAAUCUCUCGGAGUUGCUUACCGAAAGGGAAAUCCUUGCCCAUCACAUGCAGGCCACUCUGGAUGAGGCCACCGAGCCCUGGGGCGUUAUGGUGGAGCGUGUGGAGAUCAAGGACGUUUCCCUGCCAGUGUCCAUGCAGCGAGCCAUGGCCGCCGAGGCCGAGGCUGCCCGUGAUGCUCGUGCCAAGGUGAUUGCCGCCGAGGGUGAGAAGAAGUCUGCCACCGCCCUAAAGGAGGCCUCCGAUGUGAUAUCCUCCAGCCCCUCGGCUUUGCAGCUGCGCUACCUGCAAACCCUGAGCAGCAUUUCGGCGGAGAAGAACUCCACCAUUGUGUUCCCACUGCCCAUGGAGCUGCUGACCCCGUACCUGGCCAAAUAUGCACAGUUGAUGCCACCACCGUCAACCCUGCCUCCAGUGCCGGAGAAAUCAGACGCCGAGCUGAUCAAUGCAGCGGCCGCCUGGCCAAAGACCAAUCUGUAACCAAAUUCCAGAGAUCCCAAAUAUUUAGUAUUUCCAUAUAUAUUUUUUUUUAUAAAAA